UGGCGCAGUGCUUGACAUUUCCAAGUGAGAAUUUGCCCUUUUCCCCGCUAUGUAGGGCAUGAUAUACCUUCUCCUGUGUUAUAAUUAAUGCGUUAUGAGAUGGCGAAGUCGGCAGAGGACGGAGAGGAGGUGUUUGCUGCAGACGACUCUGAAGACACGCUGGAAUUGGACGUCCUUGUGGGCCAUAUAGAGAACAUUAUUUUGAGUGACGAGUUUGUAGCCCUGAGGGAGAGCUUUAUGCAAGAACACUGCCACAAGUUCGAGGAUGCUGAGGAGAACAAGCUGGAGUACACGGACAUUUUCACACAAUAUACAAAGUUGAUUGAAGGCCACAUUGAGAGAGAGUUGUCGAGCAGAGAAAAGGGGUUUAACAUGAACGCCUUCCAGGAGUUGAUAAGCAAGAGUGAAACCAUUGAUGGAGAGGUUUUCGAUCUACUGUUAACUUUCUCGGACUUUUUGUCAUUUAAGGAUGCCAUGUUAGAGGCCAAAAAGAGUACAGAAGAUGGAUCUGCCAGAUUACAGGACCUGCUCCAAGUAACACGACUGAGUUCCUAGAAGGAUAUAGAUGAACGUCGGACCAGCAUUUUUUCAAAGUGCAAUUGGUAAUGUAGUCAGAGUUUUACAGGUGGAAGGGGAGAGUGAAAAAUAAAAACAAAAACCUCAAAAUGCCAAAGGCUGUAAUCUUUCCAAAUUGGAUAUUUGUGUAAGAGAAAGUCCUCCCUGCCCAUUUCAGUUUUAAAGUAAUAGGGGAUUAAGACCUUGCCAUUCCACCCAGUUGCCAUGCCACUGUUUGUAAUGUAUUGGAUUUGCUGCUGUGUGACUGUGAUAUGGAGUCAAAUAGGCAGAUAUUUGAAAACUGUAGUUGAGAGUACUGUUCAUUACUAAUAGUAAAUUACAAAUGAUUCUCAAACUAAAUUUUUAACAUGGAUGUGAGAUGAUGUGUGAAUUAUUUGUUGAAAUGUGAUUAUAGUGAUGCACUGUAAAAAAAUAAUUUCUUAAAUUUCUUAUUCUUAUUUAAAAAUGCUUUGGUGUAUGUUGGUGUACAAGCUGUGUGUACUUGUAGAGCAUUUAUUUUUUCAGAAUUUGUUUCAUCAUAGCUUGGUAAUUAAUUAUACAACUCCAAAAGUCAGAUAUUUCCAAAAUGUAUUUUAUUUUUACAGUGAAAAAAUAAAUGACAAAAAUUCCCUUCUGUGAAAGCUUUGAAUUUUUUAAACAUUGUGUUUCAAAUGUACAACAACAUAUUCCUAGAUAUCCUUUGGUUUUGAUAUAAACAUUUUCUUGUAUAUCACCCAUCUGUGGCUUAUUUCUAAAACUCAUGGCCAAAGUCAAAGCUUUCUAAAAAAAAUGAGUAAGAUAAAUUGUAAGAAAGUGAUUGUAUCGUGAGCUAAUCUCUUUUCUUCUCUUUAGUGUCUUGGAAAGCAAAUUAUUAUCACCAAUUGUGGACCACUUUAAUAGAAUAAAGUGUUAAAAGGCCUGCCAGUCACUAUAUGGUAAAGUAGCAAUUAUAAUAUAUUUAUGGAAAUAGAGCUACUAUAUUAUUAGUUCUAGACAUUCUUUAAUGAAUUAGCAACAAUAUGCUGUAGAUUUUAUAUUUUGUCACUUCAUAUGUUUAAUUGCAUGUUGCAUGAAAUGUCAGAGGAGAUUUGAUCAUGCAAUAAAAUUUGUAAUGAAA